CGGCAGUCCGCCAUCUUGUCUGCAGCUAGGUUCCGACUGUUGUCCCUGUGACUGGUUGUUCCCGGCUCGCUCUUUUUCUGGCGGGAAUUGGGCUGCAAUUAAUUGUAUCUUAGUUUGGCUGGUUAUAUUUAACAGUUAAAUAAGCCAUUGAAAUCUAACUGCGCUCAAGUGAAGCUAUAAACCAGAAUAGAGUUCCGUUUUAGUGGAAAACGAAUUGAGGGGGACAUUUAUGUACUAAUAGCUCGGUACAUUAUCUGUGAAAGCUAGCGCUAACAUAGCUGGGUCACAUUAGCCGCUAUUAACAGGGUCCAGUUUGUGUUGUUUAUUGGGCUGAAAAGUUUAACCUUAGCGUUAACCAAAUUAAUGCCAGCAGACAAGGUUGGAAGAAUGGCACCAGGGAGAAAACUGAUGAAGAAAAAACACACCGAGGAAAAACUAAAUAAAAACGUUUUUGAUUUUACUCCAGAAGAUGAAAAGAAAGAGCUGAGUGGUUCAGAGGAAGAUGGCCGAGAAGCUGAAGCUCCUAUAUUGGACAAGCAGGGGAAGAAAAGACCUGCAGCUGACUUUGAACCGGAGGAGGCGGUUGGUAAUGAGGUACAGUCCAUGUUGGAGAGAUUUGGGGCUGAUGUAAGCAAGGUGAUGCAGGCCAAGAAGAAACGUCUGGAGUGUCUGACAAAGAACUACAUGAAGGGAAGCCAAACCAAACUGGAACAGUUGUGGAACAACUAUCACAGUCAGAGGCAGAAGAUGACUCAGCAGUACUCACAGCAGGUGUCCGUGGCGCUGCAGCAGUGGGAGGCUGAAGCUCAGCAAGCUGAGGAGCAGGAGGAGAAGCUUAACAAUCUGUUCAGACAGCAGCAGAAGAUCCUGCAGCAGGCCAGAGUUGUGCAGAACCAGAAGCUGAAGACUGUCAGAGAGCUGUAUGAGCACUUUGUGAAGAACAUGGAGGACAUGGAGAAGAGCCAUGAAGCUUUCCUGCAGGGGGCACAACAAGAGCUGAAGAAGGAGAUGGCCACCCUGCAGAAGAAGAUCCUCAUGGACACACAACAACAGGAAAUGGCCACAGUCCGCAAGUCGCUGCAGUCCAUGCUGUUCUGACCUGAUGUUUUCAUGGCAGCAGAGCCUGUUCCUGAUGCAUUCUGGGUUGGUUUUGCCAUAGGUACUGCAGGGUUGACAUGGUUACAUACCUCCUCUUAACAGUAUUUAAUUGAUGUACAUGCUGUUUUCUGUUUUAUGGGGGUACAUCUGUUUGUGAUUUCAGCAGCUUGUUUA